AUGUCGUGGCAGACGUACGUCGACGAGCACCUCAUGUGCGAGAUUGAGGGCCACCACCUCACCUCCGCCGCCAUCAUCGGCCACGACGGCACCGUCUGGGCCCAGAGCACCGCAUUCCCGCAGUUCAAGCCUGAGGAGAUGACCAACAUCAUGAAGGACUUCGACGAGCCCGGGUUCCUGGCCCCGACCGGCCUCUUCCUCGGCCCCACCAAGUACAUGGUCAUCCAAGGCGAGCCCGGCGCCGUCAUCCGCGGGAAGAAGGGAUCUGGAGGCAUAACCGUGAAGAAGACCGGGCAGGCGCUGGUGAUCGGCAUCUACGACGAGCCCAUGACCCCCGGGCAGUGCAACAUGGUGGUCGAGAGGCUCGGCGACUACCUCGUAGAGCAAGGCCUGUGA